CUUCGAUCAUUUCAUUCCAAUUCCAUUCCAUCCAUCCAUCCCAUUCCCAUUCCUGCUGCUCGUCUAGAAAGACCAGCAAACAUUCAACUGGGAGCAAAGAACAUCUCGUACAUGCCGAUGAGCUAGCCCCUCAACACAACGUCACCACUUCUGGGACUGUGAAGCAUCGCCACCUCGUCGACUCGCCAGUGUGAUCCUAUCACAUUCUCAGCAGAUCGAGGCAAAUUCAUCAAGUCUCAUUGAGCCAUGCCGAAGGAGGAUCCAGGGUCUUUGGACUCCAUAGAUUGGACCAUGGACACUGCCGAUGCAGCUGGAAUAUCUAAAGCUCCUUUAAAACGUGGUGAUGCUUGCUUGUAUUGUCGUAAAAGGAGAAUCAAAUGUUCAGCUGAAAAGCCGACCUGUGCCCAUUGCCGUAAAGGCAAGCGAGAAUGUGUGUACGAUACUGGGAAACCUGUGUCCCGAGUCAAGCAGUUGGAAGAGAAGGUCGCUGAACUGGAAGGAAUGUUGAAAAGCUCAAUCCCGUCCAACGGAAGGUCCAGUGAUACUCCUCCGGAGGACACCUCCCCUCCUUCGCGGCACGACUCCUCAUCAAGCUAUAAUGGAUUCUCCGCCUUUACAGAUCCUGGUUUUGUGAACAUCUCCCAAUCUCAACCUUACACCGUGCCUGCCAAUCCCCCCAUCGACCCUUUGACCACAUUUGCCGCCCAACAGCAGUCUUACUCUGUCAAUGUGAACCAGCUGCCCCACAAUUCAUCGACUUCGAGCUUCUUGCCAACGCCUGCUCCCCCGAAUCAGCAAGACUUUGGAACGUUCAACCUGCUGGGAUCCACUGCCGGACCUUCUGGUGUCAGUCAACAAGCCGUGGACGAGUUCGAUUUCUCCAUGCUCGAUCCAUCCAUCGUUUCGCUACUCAACACCAUGGUCACGUCUGUCAAUCCCUUCUCGCAGCAAUCGACCGGGCACACAGACCCAUUGCCCCAACCUGCCGUUCCUCCUCCUCAGCCAACAAGAGUUACUUCUGAUUCCUCCCAGUCCUCCGGGCUCACCCCGUACCUGAAUUUGGAAAGCACGCCGGCCACGUCCAUCUCAAUGGCAGAAGGUAGAGACUCUGUUCCAUCCAGCUAUACACCGGAAAGUGUUCCCAUUCAACUUGGGGCGGAGAAGACCGAAGCGGUCUCGUAUUCCGCCUACGUGACCGAUCUGCCGAGUGGUUCACCUCGCAAUAUCGCAGAAGGAUUCUUCGCCGGGAAGAUGAACGGUAAUACUGCUCAAGAUGAACCCAUGCCUGAUCAAGAGCUCAUGGGCGGAUGGUUCGAUGCUGCUGAUCUGCCAAAGGUUGCGAGAGAUCACCUUCUUGACUUGUUCUUUACCAAGAUGGUCUUCUUUGGACAGAUGUUCCACAUUCCCAGAUUCUUCGCGAGUUUAACUCUGCCGCCCGCCAAACGACCGCAUCAAUCCCUCUUAUACGCCAUGUACUUGAUCGCUUGUAAAAACUCCACGUCGCCUUCUAUCCGUGUUCUCGAGACUCAUUUUGCCUCGAUCGUCCUGCGCCAAAUUGACGAGGCACUGUCGAAAGCCGAAAAGAUGUUCGAUGUGGUCCGCGCAUGUGCUCUCAUGGCCGUUUACCACUUUGCUUCAGCUCAUUACCACGAAGGAUGGAUGAUGACAGGAAGAGCAGCUCGCCUUGCGAUCUCAUGUGGUCUCCACGCCAUCCCGUCGUCCGAGUUCUCAGUCACCAAAAUCGACGCUCAGUGGGAUAAUGAUCUCACGUCGUUGAUGCGGAAGCGAUCUUGGGUGAUCCCUCCCCCGUCAGACCCAGUUGAAUUAGGCGAGCGGAUUUGGGCGUUCUGGAUGAUUUACGUCACGGACCGUUGCGGUGCCAUCUCCACAAUGUGGGAAUGUGCCAUUCCCGAUCAUAUUGUCACCACACCCUACCCACAUCCACUGUACGAGUUCGAGUUAGGUCUCGUCACGAAAGCAGACGACCGAAGCACGUCUUCUAUAUGGUCAGAAAAGCUCAGUUUCGCCCCUCUCCCACCAUACGCCGAUUCGACAUUGACCAAUGUCAGGAUGCGAAGUCUUGGCAUCCUGGACCGAGCGUCCAAGCUUGUACUUCUGGACCCGGAGGAGGGGUGGGAGACACGUCUGCCCAACAGAUCAUCGGUCGGUUCUCCUGUGGACCCUCCAACCAAUUCGCCGCCUGAAUGGAGUGCUGAUUGGCUUUCUCCCGAGCAAUAUCAGACUAUUUUUGGAACUUGUCCGGCUGCUCCAGGCGAUCAGGACGGACUUCCAAAGAGCGCACAGGGACCUGAGGGGGCACAAGGCCAUCCAACUCAAGGUAGCGGGAAGGGCUGGAUGCGAACUGCGAAGUACAGGACGCCCAAGGCCUACGAGGCGGUAAAGAGGGCUCUGGAAAGGCUGGAAGCGGAUCUCAUGCCGGAGUUCAAGACUGAAUGGUGGACAUGGGACGGUGUACCUCCGCGAUGGCAUGCGAGCGCAGCGUCUGGUCCGAGAAAAGCUUUGUGGAGCUUGCACUUUGUCAUUGGGUGCUCCUGGAUGUUCUUGUUUGACGUCAACUCGUUCAAUGAGCCCAAUGACCUGGCGAUUGGAUGCGCAAGACGAAUGGUCUGCUCCAUUGCGAAAGCCGCAGAGUAUAUCAGUGGAUCGGAGAUGGACGUCUUCACCAUAAUGACAUGGUCCUUCAUCGUCAAGACGCUGAUCAGGGAAGUCAAGCGUCUGCACGGUUUGAAUUUGCCACGUCGGGCAGCACCGCUGGAGACUGAGAUUGAGAUCAUCGUCUCGAGCAUGAAGACUUUUGGGAGCAGGAUGAAUAUUGCUUCGGCUCAAGCUGAACGUUCGGAGCGAUACCGGUCGUCUACGAGAGAAGAGACCAAGUUUUUAGAGGAUGAUGAUGCCUUGGAUCGGGUGGAAACCCAUCUCAAGGGACCAAAGGGGCUUCAUUCACUCUCUACGUGAGGAGACGAGGAUCGCCCGGAGACUAGAACUGGGCUAUAGAUGCGUAGAUGUAUCCAUAUCAAGAU